AUGUCCAAACCCUCCCAACCGGCUGUAAGCCUUUGGCCAAGAGCAGAGCCGUUCACAUAUGGCAUUUUUCAAGUCCACCCCCAUCCGCGGUUGGCCGUGCAUAACAUAAAGAAGUUGGUGAGUUAUGCCAAGUCAAAGGGUAAAAGUGGGUUUCCAAAACUAAGCUAUCCCGUUUGGAAACAUGUUGCAUGUAAUAAACUUCAACUUACAGAAGAUCUUGCAUGGAUAUUGUUUCACACCUGUUUGACGAUGGCCACCUGCCAAAUGGAGAAAUUGCGUGAGACUGAGGACCGCCUAUUCAACUCGAGCGGUGUAGCUGAGUCGGACCGGAUAAAGAGCACACUGUCCAUUGAGCUCUUCACGUUCGUCCUCUUUCUCUUUAUACAACAAAUCAACAAGAUCUCCUUACGUGCCUCUGCAGUUUCUGCGAAUGCUGAAUGGCCAGGGAGUCAUAACAGGUCUUCAGAGCUAGAUUCUGGUCGCUCCACUCCAAUCCGUCCCUGUCGGAACCUAGAUGAACAGUACCAUUUACAGUUUCUUACGGAAAACCUGACGGAAAUAUUGGACUUGCUGGUUGAGCCUGAAGGAUACGAGUCGGGCGGACAAGACGCGUUCAUUUCAGAUGAAGCGAUUGAUUCAUUAAAUUUGAUCUUCGAAGGCACGUUUGACCAGGGUCGGUACGUUAGCUUCUGUUCAUCUGAUGCAAAUGGUGGUAGCUCACUCGCUUCCUUUUCAGAUUUGGUCCGCAUGCCAACAAUUCAGCCUGCAGCAGGGUACACAAAGACUAACCGGAGCUAUCACCUUCGUGGAUUACAUUCAUGGAUCCGCUCGUGGCUAGUUUCCAAUCCAUUCUCCGCUGAGAAUUGCAUUCGUAACGGGCGACGUCUUCAGUGGCGUCUCCCUUACCCUGCAACGGCUGAUGGAGCCCACGUGUCUACUGGCGGGAAUCAAGCCACACAAGACAUGUCCAAGCGCCAAAAAAUUGCCACAAACGCUCAUCAAGUUCCCCGAUUUGGGGGAAGAACUGGAAACAAGCUGGUCUUCAUGUCAAUGAUAUCACGGCAGAUCAUCGCCCGAAGUUCGGCUACAUUGGACGGAGCCACUUUGAAAAUUCAUCGUGCCCAUUGCAGUUACCUGUAUCUGUUGUCCCCCAUGAGGUCUGUCACACUAGACAAAUGUCGGAAACUCACCAUAGUCCUUGGUCCCAUCGAGAAUACGCUUCAGCUGAACCAGUGUGAGGACUGUCUAAUCAUAGCUGCAUGCCGACGCGCUGUUCUUGUGUCCUGUCGACGAUGUACACUUCAUUUGUGUAUUCAGUCUCGACCAAUUCUUAUCCAACCGCCCGUUCCAACUGCUACGGCCGGUGGAACAACAAGUCCCAGUUUAACUGGGAACGGGCCCGGUCCUGCACCAGGAACUCCUACUUCAGGAGGAGCUGCUAUCUUGUUGGGAAACGAGGAAAUCCUUUUGGCUCCCUUCCACACAACGUACUUGAAACUAGUUGAUCACAUGACUCGAGCAAACCUUAGUACCAAAGUGAACUAUUGGGAUCAGCCCUAUUUGUUCGGUCAAGAUGUUAGUCACACCGAUCAGGCCAACGGGGUGCUUCUUCCAGGUCGCGGGCGAUGCUGGGACUUAAUGCACCCAGCACACUUCUACCCGUUCAAUAUACCUUGGCUGUUACCCACGAAGUCGGAGAUCCUAGGUACCGGAACAUUGCAUGACAAUCCCGAACAUGCAGGUGACAGGUCUGCCCGUCCAUCUAGCGACAUUUUUGACCUGAGCGCAUGCCUAAUAACAGACACGCAUCGGUUCUUCAACGACUCUGAAGGUGGCGGCCUGAAGGACUAUCUUGAAAUGGUAAAGCUCAGAUUACCGAUCCCCUUGCCACCAGCCUACGUCAACGCACUCCGACAGCGCGCUGCUAUCUACCGAAAGUGGCCGCAUCAUAUCGCUAAUGCACACCUAACAGCGGAACAACGUCAACUGUUUGGAACUCUUGUUGACCAGCGCUUUCGUCAGUGGUUGUCGGAAUCUGGGAAUUUACGACAGUUACAGUUGCUUGAGUUGAACACGAGUCACCACGCUGCUCCACAGACAAGUCAUGUUUCUGGGAACGGAAAUGGGACGAAUGGUGUCCCACCAACGGGCGUCAAUCCACAACUGGGCUUUGGUGAGUGUGAUCCUCCGGCUAGCACGCGCUCCGGGAAUGCACGUUGUGCGACUAAUGUUGGAAGAGGGGAUCGCACGCGGGCCGUCCAUGGAAAUCAGAUGUUAAAUGGAACUUGCCCACCCUGAUUGUCCACAAUCAUCCACCUAGUCUUUCGUUUGUCGUUGCUAGAUAAUUCUAGGUUUUCUAUUCCUGUCCUCCAGACAUAAGUAUCGCAAGUGAUACAUCGUCUCGGAAUGUACCCACCGGAUGUCAGACUUAAUGAAGCCUUAACAGCACCUAGGUACCUUUUUUUGUUUCUGUAUUUCGUGAGCGUAACGAUAAGUACAACGUACAACUGUUGUGUCACCUGUUUUUUU